CAGCAUGGUGAACGGCUGUGACGUAGACCUAUGUCGGGAGAGGCUUCUGUAACUUCCUGGCAAAAAGCCGGAGGGGUGGGGUUGCCUGCCAGGGUUUCCAGGGUCUGCAGGGUGGGGUCACACCUAGGGUGAGGGUUGUCUGUUUCAGCAGUGUGGCACUGUAGACCCUUUUUGGGUCCCUUUUCUGUCCCUGAUUCUAGCUUCCACACAGUUUGAAACGGUAGGCUACUGUUUUUCAGCACGUGAUCCUUGCCGCCACCCCCCAUGUCCCCUCCCCUCCAGCGACAACAGGACACUUGUUUGGUUGGAGGCCAGUGACAUCCCCUGUUGCUCCUUAACCUUUACCACAUAGCACCCCUCUGCGAUGGAAACCCAUGGUCCCCGCCGUUCUCAGUAUCCACGGCAACACUGCAGCUUGUCACACGUUCUCCACACCCACCAGUUUCAUUGCCUUGUGCAGAGAGAGAUCCAACCGUCUUUCUCAUUUGUCAGACAUUCUCUGAGAAAGGAGGGAACUCACAUCUCCGUCCUCCAACCUUUGCCCCAGAGAAGUGGGUACCAGGUGCCCUGGGCCUGAACAGCCCUGAGGCAGGGAGUGGGACAGCCUGCUGUCCUCUCCCGUUUGGCGGGCUUUGUCAGGCCCCUCCUCCUGACGCUGACCUUUUCACCACAGGCACCUGCAGUACACACAGAGGAGUCCUUGGACUUUGAGGAGGAGUGCACGGCAAGCCGAGGCUGUGCAAACCCGGAACGAUUCUGCCUCCAUACUCGGCGUUGACUCAGAAUUCCCUGAGUCCCGGUCCAACUCUGUGAGCUGCCUACUGCCCCUAGUGUUAGAUCAGUCCAUAGAUAGUGGGAGCAAUGCCUGUGAAUCUGUUGGAGGAUUGGUGCAAAGGCAUGGACCUGGACCCCAGGAAGGCCCUGCUGAUCGUGGGCAUUCCUGUGGAGUGUAGUGAAGAGGAAAUUAAAGAGACCCUGAAGGCGGGCUUACAGCCACUGUGUGCCUACGGGGUGCUGGGCAGAAUGUUCAGAAGGGAAGACAGCUCUAAGGCAGUUCUCAUUGGAUUGGCCGACCAGGUCAAUUACGCUACGGUGCCGAGUCAGAUCCCAGGAAAGGGAGGUACCUGGGAAGUGGUGGUGAAGCCCCGUAGCCCGGAUGAUGAACUUAUCAACAGACUGAACCACUUCCUGAAAGCUGAGGGCCGGAGAAUGGUAGAUGUGGUCAAAACCCUGGGGUAUAGCACUCGCCCCGAGCAGGGACAGCCAAAAGGCUUGGCCCAAGUCAGGCCGCCAGACCCGCAGCCUCUGCAAGAAAGCAUGUGGUACCGAAAACUGAAGGUGUUUUCGGGAAGCACUUCCCCAGGCCCGGGCGAAGAGAACUUUGAAGCCUGGCUAGAGCAGGUGACUCAGAUGAUGCAGAUGUGGCGGGUGUCUGAGGUAGAGAAGCAGCGGCGUUUGCUGGAGAGCUUGCGCGGCCCCGCCCUGUCCAUCGUGCGGAUGCUCCGGGCCAACAGUGGCUCCAUGACCGUGGCGCAGUGCCUGGACGCCCUGAAGCAGAUCUUCGGGAAUAAAGAGAACUAUAGAACCGCACGCUUUCAGUUGCUCCAGACCUUGCAGAAGCCCGGAGAGAAAGUCUCUGCCUUCUUGCUACGGCUAGAGCCCGUGCUGCAGAACGCUGUGCGGCACAGCCCCUUGCCGGUGAGAAGCGCAGACAUGAUUCGCCUGAAAUACAUCCUAGCCCAGGCCCACGUGAGCACCGGCCUCCGGGACAAGCUCAUGGUCUUGGAUCAGCGAGGCUGUGCGCCCCCCUUCCUGGAGUUGAUGCAGCUCGUUCGAGACGUGGAGGAGUGGCAGACCGCCGCGGCAGUGACCAGGGAGAAGCAGAGGCAGGUAGGAGGGGGCCACAGGGCCUCUGGCACCCAGGUAGUGGCAGAAACCAGAGUCCCGGUCCGUCCGGUCAUGGUGCGGGCAGGGCGGUUCCAUGACAGCAGCACUCAGACCGUCCAGGAAGGGGCUACCCUGUCACUGAAGCGCAAGCGGGUGCCACGCUGCCGCGAGACUGGGGAGGAAGGCCACAGCCAGGCCGCGUGUCCUAGGGCCGAGGACCAGCCCCCGGCAAAGCAGGCGCCUCAGCCCGCAGCAGAAGAGUCGGGAAACGAGAUGCGGGCUGGGGCCGGGAGCCACCCCAGGCCCCAGGAAGCAUAGGC